GAAAAUAUGGAAUUAGUGGAAAAUAUAGCAACUGCAACUAAUAUUAAAGCUGAAGAUGAAGAAGAAAUAAUGCAACUUCCAGGUUUUCGAUUUCAUCCUACAGAUGAAGAGCUUGUGAGUUUUUAUCUGAGACGUAAAGUGGAAAACAAAAGGAUCAAAAUGGAUCUUAUCAAAGAGGUUGAUAUCUACAAACAUGAUCCUUGGGAUCUUCCAAGGAACACAGCGGGGGAUAAUUGUAAGGAAUGGUAUUUCUUCAGCAUGAGAGAGAGAAAGUACAGAAACAGUGUAAGACCAAAUAGAGUAACAGGUUCUGGUUUUUGGAAAGCUACAGGAAUUGACAAACCUGUUUAUAGUACUACUACUACAUCACAAAGUACAGAUCGUGGCUGCAUUGGCCUCAAGAAAUCAUUAGUAUAUUAUAGGGGAAGUGCUGGCAAAGGAACAAAAACUGAUUGGAUGAUGCAUGAGUUUCGUCUCCCACCAAAUUGGAAGACUUCAAACCAGCAGCUGCCCAAUCCCAAGAACAGUAUUCCAGAAGCUGUAAGUUCUUCCUGCCGGGAAUAA